GAACUUGCUUCAUCUCACACACUACCUUGAGAUUCAAAGCAUUUACAAGCUAUUCGUGCCAAAUUUCUCAGGCCAGAAUUGUUUCUUGAUCAGAAACACAAGAACGAGUCUUACCAAGACCCACGCGCAAGUCGAUUUCAUUCGUAAGUCUCACUUCUCGUUCGGACUUCAGAGUGGAGAAGCACCCAGUUGAACCCUUAAGCUGUUGGUACACCUUUGCGAUCUGAAAGCCUUCUCCUCCCUUUGUCUUCAUCUUUAGAUACCAUGGGAAUGUACUCUCAGUUUCAUCUUGCUCGAUCAUUGGGAUGAGAGAUUCAAUCAGGGUAUCCUCCAAUAUGACUCACAAGCUAAACCUCUAAGCAGCACCGUCAAAACGAAGCUCGACUUCCUACUAAGACGUAGUCUCAGUGAAAGGAAAAGAGGCUUGAGCUUUAUUUUAGUUUGACGAAAGCCACGAUCAGAGAUUCCGCCAUUCAUCGAAGGCGACGGAUAGCCACGUAUUGGCACCUUCCGCGUCCUCAAAGACCAUUUCCUACGGCGUAUACCGUCCAGUAUAUGUUACUGUCAGAGGCUCUACAGAGUCCGACGUGACUUCAAAAUGUCCAAAGUGGGCGUCUCAGACGAUCCGGCCGCAGCAGUCGCAGCAUCCCGCUCCGACGGCAAGACACAUCUGUUGCUAUGCGCCAGCGGCUCAGUCGCCACCAUCAAACUGCCCAACAUCAUCAAGGCCCUCGGCCACCACAAAAGCCUCGCCAUCAGAGUCAUCCUCACGGCCUCGGCAACGGAGUUCUUGAACGGUUCAACAGAGGAACAGCCUUCGCUUGCCGCAAUAAGAGCACUCCCAAAUGUUGAAGGCAUUCACUUGGACGCGGACGAGUGGGUGCAGCCUUGGCGGCGUGGUUCGUCGAUUCUGCACAUCGAGUUGCGGCGGUGGGCUGAUCUGAUGCUGAUCGCUCCACUAUCGGCAAACACAUUGGCUAAAAUUGUUAACGGCUUCUCAGACAACCUCUUGACGAGCGUGGUUCGAGCAUGGGAUGCAGACGGACUCAUCGACGGCCGGAAGAAGAAGAUCCUCGUGGCUACCGCGAUGAACUCGCAGGUCAAGGUGCUCGAGGAGGAGUGGUCGUGGUUUGAGGUGUUGAAACCAAUCGAGAAGACGCUUGCUUGCGGUGACACUGGGGGCGGUGCAAUGAUGUCGUGGGAGGAUAUAGUCAAGGUGACGGAGGCGAGGCUUGGCCUGUGA